AUGUCAAACGACAUACCAAUUGAAAUCCAAGAGGAAAUCAUGAAAAGGCUUCCUGUUAAAUCGUUAGUUCAAUUCCGAUCCGUCUGCAAAGCAUGGAAGUCUCUUAUGGAUGGCUCUGAUUUUAUUAAGUAUUAUAGUGGCCAACAGCAACAUCUACUUCUAGGGUAUUCAGGUUACUAUCAUGAUCGAAAAUAUGUUUCAGUUGUUGAUAAUGAUAGUUUUCCUCAACAGAAAGUUUAUCUGGCUCUUCCUAACAUGCUUAAGUAUUUUAACAUGUUCGGCGGCUCUCACGGCUUGUUUUGUUUGUAUGGAAAGCACCGUGAUGGUAAAAGGAGCAGGGCUAUUCUUUGGAAUCCUUUAGUUAGAAAAGUGGUUGUUGUUGUUGUGCCUACUCGGAUGGAUGAAACCAAAAUAGGUUUUGGGGUUUGUCGUGAAACUAUGGACCCUAAGAUACUCAAGAUUACACAGAUUGAGAGGUGGAGAGAUGUUGAGAGUUUACAUUGCAUUCCUUGGCAAGUUGAGGUUUUUACAUUAAGCACGGGGUGGAGACGUCCUUAUAGCACCAGUCUCCCUCGUACAUCAAUUGACUUUUUUAGUUUACAGGUAGCUGUUAAUGGGCAUCUUUAUUGGUUAGCUGUUGAUAAGAUUACCUGUACGGAUGGUGGAUUCCGGAUCUAUAAACUGAUUAUUUCAUUUAAUUUGACAAGCGAAGAAUUUGGAGAAAUAAACCUUCCAGCUACGUUAGCAAAACAAUGUUAUCUAAAUUUAUCCAUGUCUAAGCUAAGGGAGUCUCUUGUUGUGCUUGAACUUGUUGCGGAUGAGAUGGUUUCUGUUGCAUGGAGGAUGGAGGGUGGUGCUUCAAAGUCGUUUACAAAGCUAUUCAUUGUUAACAUACCAUAUGUUUCAGUAAAGAUUAGGGGAUUUAGGAAGAAUGAUGAAUCUAUAAUUGAAUUUGUAGACCAUGAUUGUAGCAAGUGGGAUGAUUCAUAUGCUCCCAGAUCGUUUGCUCUAUAUAAUCCCUACUCAAAACAGAGCAAGAAUAUUGGGAUUUCUGAGUUUGCUCGUUCUUUUUUGGUAGAUUUCUACAUGGAAACACUACUUCUGGUUGAUCAACCAGAUUUUAUCGUUUAUGACAAUGGUAACUGCCGCUUUGAAAAUUCGAAUGGGAGAGCUAAGAAGAAAAAGCUUUUGAAACAUACAAACCAGGUAUAA